AUGGCCAGCGUCAUGGCUGCCAACCAGCACAUGGAAACACUCCAAACUAUGCUCAACCUUGUGUUCCUCCAUUCGGGUCGUUUUCUGAAAGAGGAACAGGCUGGCGGCGGCACUGGUCGCAUGAGGCAGCAACUGCAGCGCGUCGUGCCGCACGCUACGGAACGCUUUCACGAUGCGCUGGACGAGCUCGAGAACGAGGUCCGCCUAGCGCAAACCGUCCUGCGCAGGGACAUGGCGCUGCUCAAGCAGGACCGCAAGAAGAAGGAGGCUGCAGCAAAACAGCACGAGGCGGAGAAGGCGCGGCUUGCGGCAGAGUCGAAGACUGCGCCGGCACCAACACCGGUUGAGCAAGCACCGAUAAAGGUUGAAAAGACCGCGACGCCAACACCGCCCGAGCCAGCACUAUCGCAAGCGGACGAGGUGUCUGAGCCAGCAAGCGCAAAGGAGCCUGAGACAGAAGAGGUCCCAGAGAAGGAGGAUGAUGCAAAAGCACCACCGCCACCGCCCAUCGAGACCAACGUCGAGCCAGCAAGAGAUCCGCUCUUCGACGGCACACCCACCACCGGCAAUGCUCAGGAAUCCGAGUUCGACUUUGAUGCCAUGUUUGGCGACGCGAUGGAUACAACUGGUGAUGACACCCACAACGACAUGAUGGAUACCUCAGGCGACAUGGACUUUACCCUUGAUGAUGGGAAUGAUGGGCCUUCGCUAUUACGCGGUCUCGAAGACUUCGCCAAAGACAGCGAUGACGACAAGGCGAACCAAGCCUCGAACAUGGACAUGGACUUUACCAUGCCAGAUCUGCCAGGGUUGGACAUGAACACUGAGGCAAGUACGAAUACAAAUGAGAAUGCGACAGCUGCAAAGCCUGCGGAACCAGAGCCUGCACCAAAAGCUGAGGAGCCCAAGCCUGCCGCGGAACCACCAGUCGAGGAGAAGAAGGAAGAACCGACCACUACUACCAACGAUGAAAUGAUGGGCACAAUGGCCACAGACGAUCUCGAAGACCUCUUCAACAUGGACGAAUACGAGAACCCUGAGCAGUCGCAGUUUGAUGACGCGUUCUUCAAUUUUGAGUAA